AUGUCAAGAGCUUCCAUCUCACUCACCGUCUUUACCAGCACCGCUAUGCGACUAAUUAACACAAGGGACUCUAUGUUUGCUUCCAAAUGCUUAUUGAGAAGCAGUUUUAGAUCUCCGUUUCUGCUGCGUUUUAUCCAUCAUUCGUUUAGAUUGAACUCCGUGAAUGCUUUAUCUGUUGAUAGAUCAUGUGCAAUUGGACCUUGGAAUCAUGGGGGUUUAAUUAGGGAAUAUGCUAGAGUUAGGAGUAAUGAAUCCAUUGAGAUGAAGACGGAUGAAGAUGUUAUCCGGUUUAAAAUUGCAAAAAGAAAAGAAGCAUGGUUGAUAGAGAAACUGAGGAAAUACGAUCUCCCUAAAGCAGCACCCGAAACCUAUGAUCCUGAAAUAUUGACUGCAGAAGAGAGGUUUUACCUAAAGCGCACUGGCGAGAAGAAGAAACAUUAUGUUCCCGUGGGGAGACGAGGAGUGUUUGGUGGUGUUGUUCUUAAUAUGCAUUUACAUUGGAAGAACCAUGAGACUGUAAAAGUCAUCUGCAAACCCUGUAGGCCCGGGCAGGUGCAUCAAUAUGCCGAGGAGCUUGCUAGGUUGAGCAAAGGCAUUGUUAUCGACAUCAAGCCAAAUGAUGUUAUUAUAUUUUACCGGGGGAAGAACUAUGUUCAACCAGAUGUCAUGUCACCUCCAGAUACUCUUUCUAAAGCUAAGGUAUGAACUGUCUACAAAUGAUACU